AUGGCGAGAUUUGGACAUAAACGCCCCCCGUCCGACCUGAUGGCGAUGCUCGCAGCCAUGCCCGCCCUCACGGAGCUGCACCUCAUCAGCGCCUGCAACCUCCUGCCGGACAUAUCCGUACUGCUCAACCUGCCACCACCACCACCACCAGCGUCGACACCACCGACGCCAGUGGCUCCCGACGUCGACGCCGACGGCAUGUCGCGGCUGCCACCGCCGGCGCCGACGCCGUUGCGGCCCUUGCCCGCGGCGCUGCCGCUAUCUCAGCGGCUGCGGCGUCUCUCGCUGUGCCGCGGCGGCUAUCAGUUCGACACGCAGGAGGGGAGUGCCCAGGCUCUGCACCUAGGCGGCCACCAGCGGCUGGGGGAGCUGCCUUCCUGGGUGUCGUACCGCCUCCCCCACCUUCGAGAGUUAACACUGGAGAGCUGCGGACUGCGCCGGGUGCCGUACAAAGCGGUUUCGGGGCUACGGGAGCUACGUCUGUUGAGUAUGGACCGGUGCCCGUUAGGGCACGCUGGGGUGGUGUCACUGGAUGCGUGGUUGCCGCCACAGAUGGAGGAGAAUGGCUGCGGCAUGGCGGCGGUGGAGGUGUUGCAGCUACGGAACUGCAAUAUUGUGGCGCUGCCUUACACAAUGACGCGGCUAACCAACUUGCGGCGGCUGGACCUGGGCGGCAACCCGCUAGGCAAUUUGGCGCAGCCCGAAGUCUCCUACAGACACCGCAACAUGGGAGCCGCCGUACUGCGUUAUCUGAAGGAAUCUGGCGACCGAGGUUUCAGCGAGCUGGUGUGUCUGACCCGGCUGGGGCACCUGGGGCUGCAAGGCUGCGGACUGGGCACCCUACCCCUGGGUGUGGCUGACCUCACGCAGCUGACCUCCCUGGACCUCAGCGGCAAUCCGGAGUUGGAGCUGAAUUCAGGUCGGGUGGCGGACCUUCUUGCGGGGCAGCUGCCGCAGUUGGAGAGUCUUCGCCUGGUGGAGACGUCUGCGGGGGAACAGCUGCGUGACCAACAGGAUUUGAACCUGCACCACGGGUUGCGUACCCUAAUCUUGGAGUGAGAUGUUUUAGGAUUAUGUCGGAAAAUUGUAUUACAAGUUAAAAAAAACAUCUAUUUGUGACGUUCCACUGAUCUGAGCCGCCGCGGCAGGAACUGACUGAGCACAGGAGCUGAAGCGAUUGUGCAUCCGGAGCUAUGUAACCCCAUGUAACC